AUGGUGUGGAAAUUUUGUUUGGUAGACAAUCUACUUUUUUUAAAAAAUGCAAAUGGAAACCACAAACGUGUUAUUGUUGAGGGCAUAAUGGCGGCAAUAAAACUUGAGGUGCAGACAUUGCACAGACAAAAACAUUAUGAACACAAUCGUUUUUAUGGACUGUGCAAGCAACUGUAUUUCUUUAUACCAAAACCGCUUGUUAGAGGGUUUGUGCAGAAUGCAAUAUUUGUGCACAAGCACAACCUCUAA